AUGAUCAUAUUUCCGGAGGUCACACCGAAGCACCUGCUCCAGUACAUUUCUAGUCUUGUCGGCAUGGUCAUUGCCAGUGCCGGCGUGCUUGGGCCUGUUCUGGGAGGGAUUCUUACCCACUAUGCUUCCUGGCGUUGGAUCUUUUGGAUUAAUGGUCCCAUCGGCUUUGUCUCGCUGCUUGUGUUUUACUUUACGUGGCCUGAUGCCAAGCACCUCCCGACUUUGCAACGUAGAACGUGGAAGGAGUUGGACUUUGUGGGAUCCAUUCUCCUCGUCUCCGCGUCAGUACUUCUUGUUUUCUCAUUUCAGAACGUCGGCGCGGACGGCAACAAAUGGUCACAAGCCGUAUUUAUCGUCCCGGUCACCAUUGGCGGUAUAUGCUUCAUGCUUUUGCUGGGCUGGGAAACACUGGUUUCCAAGCUAUGGAACAAUCGCAUCAUGGCCGCUAUCCCGAUCAGUCUUCUGCGCAACCGCGUGUACCUCGCCACCAUCUUCAACACGAUGUUCCUGGGCUUUCCGUAUCUUCUGAUUAUCUACGCCUUUCCCAUCCAUAUGCAGAUAGUAAACGGCAAGAGCUCGCUACUUGCGGGUGUGCUUUUGUUACCGAUGCUGGGAUCUGUCGCUUUGGGUACCACUCUUGGCGGAAUUGUCAACAAAAGUAAGAAUCGGCUCUUCGAGACCAUGGUCGUAGCAAGCUGCUUUAUGACUCUUGGAUGUGGCUUGAUGACGACGUUGUCGUCGUCUGCCACUUUGGAACCCAAAGCACUUGGCUUCCUUGCGUUUGUUGGCUUUGGAUUUGGCUUGUCUGCCACUUCGUCUACCGUCCUUGGAACAACAGAGUCGGAGAUUUCAGACCAUGCACAGGUGCGGAUUCUCGGUGGCAGCUUAGGCAUAGCGGCAUCAACGGCGAUCUUGGGCAAUUUCACACGGAACGACCUGACCGGCGUGGUCAGUCCGGAGUAUUUGUCAUCACCGCACGGAGGGGGGAUAAACCUGACGGAGGCACAAGCCGCGGCCGUCCGCCAUGCCUAUACAGACUCUUUCCGAAAAGACAUGCAAGUAGGGACGAUCCUGUCAGGCAUAGCGAUCCUUCUCAGUCUGGGGAUCUACCGCCGAAAUCGAGUUACCUUCGAGGAGCAACGGCAGAUGCACAUUAGGAUCGAGGUGGAGAGGCGCCGGAGGGCAUCGGCAGCGACGACGCUGGUAUCUUCGACUGCAACAGACUGA